AUCGCUUGUCGCCAUUGCUUCGUUUCGCCUCUUGUAUUAUAGACCAUCCCUUUUCGUCGAUGUCUGCAUGCUCGAAUACCCUUCGAGCACUCUCUCGGUCUUGCAUACCCACGAACAAGACGCUCCUGCCGUUCCUGUACCAGACAGCCACGAUCCAGCAAUGGAAGCCCGCCGCCCAACCCAUUGCACGCCGCAACAUCUCACGCUACAGUCGCAAAGACGAUCCAUCCGCUGAAGACAUUCCCUUCGAGAACAAAGAGGAACUGCCGCCAGCGCUCGACGAUCUCGAACCUGCACGCAAAACCACCAUCACCGGCUCGGAGCGCGCAGCUUUCGAGAAGCUGUACAGAAAGUUCAACACACGUGGCAGCCGCCAGAAUGAGAAGGAUCACGAGGUAGAGAUCGAUGCGAUUGCCGACGAAUAUUGGGAGCCUGACGAGGAGGAGGAGGAUCCCAAGGCGAGCCUGGACAAAAUCUUCGAUGAUGCGCUGAAGGGUAAAGCCAAAUCAGCGAGAGAAUGGAACAGGUCAGGCACGGAACAACUGAGGAGCAGGAAAUCCAAACAGGAUCUUCAGAGCAUGGCAGAACAUGUUUUGAAGGGAACUCGCCCCCUUGAAAUGAGGGCGCGCGAGCUACGAGCGAAGAAGAAGAAAGACACAAGCGCCCAAGCCGCAAAGCUAAACGAAGCACGCUUGCGAGAGCGCAACCGCAUAGACGCCCUCCUCACAUCCGCAAAAACCGACCGCGAGCUCUGGGAAACCCUGCAGCGCGAAGUCUUCGACCAAGUCCGUCAAUUGGACCUCGACAGCACGGCCCCGAAACCCAAAAGGCCUGCUCGAAAUGCGAAGUCCACUUCCACAACCACGACCGUGGAUCCGAAGAUUCUGUUCACGAACUACCCGCACCACCUCCUCACCGCGCUCACAACCCUCCGCACACACUUCCCCGCCUCCCCCCUCCCGCUCUCGAUCCUACCCACGAUAAAGAGCCUCGGCCGCUCGUCCUACGCCCUCGGCGCCACAACCGCGCUAUACACAACCCUCCUCCGCACAGCAUGGCUGCAGCAGUCCUCAUACCCGCUGCUCACCAGCCUGCUCACCGACAUGCACAACGGCGCGAUCGAGUUCUCAGUCGACACGCUCGCGCUGCUGGACCAAGUGAUCAGAGAGUUCGACAUGGCGAGGAGCGGCAGGCUGGGCAGGGAAAUGCAGAUGGUGUACGGGAUGGAACAGUUUGGCGAGGGGAUCAGGGAGGUGCGUAGGUGGCGGCAGGUUGUGGCGGAGAGGGUGGGCGCGGAUGAUGGGAGGAGGGAGAAGGGGACUGUGCCUGUGCCGCGGAGACGGAGGGUGGUCGAUGAUGGGGAGGCGGUUGGCGAUCACGUGCCGCUCGUUGAGGGGAUGAAUGGAGCGCCGGAGCAGUCGCCGGGACAGGUCGAGCGUGUUGAUCCAGCGGUUGAGUUCGGGUUUCUGAGCGAGGAGAGUGGUGGGGAAGCAGCCAGGGCGGACGAGCCGGAUGGCGUUCCGGCAGAAGCUGCUGAGAAGGUAGAGGAGAAGCUACAGGAUGAGGUUAAAGACGACAUCAAGGAAGAGGAAGAUAGGACGGCCGAUAAGUCAGAGGCCGCAGCAAAGACCUCGACUGGCGAACCUGUACCAUGGACGCCAUCGUAAGAUUACUUGUAGCAGUACGUACCAUCACCAAUGUAAAUAUGACACUCUGUACAUGGACUGACUCAUCGCAAUGCGAAC